AUGAAGAGGCAGCACGUCGUUCUGGGCGUCGUCCUCCUGACGGGGAUCUUUCCUGUUCUCCUGACGGCUUCGGAUGAGCAUCCGGACGUCGGCCAUGACCAGAGCGUCCACCCCAACAUGCUGCUGGAGUCCAACGCCGACGUGUCGGAUGUGGACGACCCGCAUGUGGACAAGGACAACUACGAGGACGCUGACUGGCAUCCUCCCAACUCCAUCUUGGAAACUCACGUGGACCUGACCCCAGACUCCCCGCUGCUGAUCCACGCCGAGAACGCCGGAACCAGCCAGGUCUCGAACCGGACCGCCGGCGGUCCCUCUCCGCAGUGCGGGGAGUUCAGCGGCCGGCUGACCGACGACGGACGGUGCCGCUUGACGGCGACGCUGCCUCCGGUGGGCGCGUCGCAGAACCGCUGCCCGGACAUGUUCCGCUGUACGGACGACGUCUCCCAGUGGGUCCGGGAGAACCGGAACAGGAAGGAGCAGCUGAAGGAGCUGAGGGAGACCAUGUCCGAGCUGCAGGAGGCGCUGUGGAGCCACCGGCAUCGACUCACUGCUCUGGAGACGCAGGCUGAAGAGAGAGUCCGUUUGAAUUUGACCUUUGACCGGCAGCUGCGCUCCCUGGGGCUGCGACACGCCGAGGCCGACACGCUGCUCCACGUGCACGCCGCGCUGUUGCACGAGCUGCAGGCGCAAUUCCACAACCUGUCAGCCGCCGCGCAGGGCGCCGGUCCCGGGGCGGGGUGCAGGGCGAACGCCGCCAGAGGCCCGCCGCCGCUCGGCAUGUACGACAGGCUGCCUCCAGAUAGAAACUUCCUGCCUCUCUGUCCCUCCGACUGUGCGUCUCUGUAUCACGACGGCGUCCGUCGCUCCGGCGUUUACACCGUGGUCCUGUUCCCCGGCGCCACGCUGCCCGUGUACUGCGACAUGGAGACGGACGGCGGCGGCUGGACGGUGUUUCAGCGGCGCCGGGACGGCUCGGUGAGUUUUAACCGAGGCUGGUCGGAGUACCGGGACGGCUUUGGAGAACCGCGAGGAGAACACUGGCUGGGGAACCGCCACCUCCACCUGCUGUCCGCCCAGGGCGACUACAGCCUCCGCAUCCACCUGCAGGACUGGAGCCACGCCGACAGACACGCCCUGUACCACAGCUUCAGGGUGGACGAUGAGCAGAACCACUUCCGCCUCCAUGUGUCCGGGUUCAGCGGGACGGUGGAGGACUCGUUCGGCUGGUACCACGACCAGCGCCCGUUCAGCACGCCGGACACGGGGAACGUCUGUGCCGAGAUCAGCCACGCCGGCUGGUGGUUCCACCAGUGCUUCUACGCUAACCUCAACGGCGUCUACUACCAGGGUGGAGCUUACUCUCUGAAGGCUCAGAACCUGCUCGGGCCCGACGGCAUCGUCUGGUUCUCCUGGAAGGAUUCGGACUUCUACUCCCUGAAGGCGGUCGCCAUGAUGAUCCGACCGCAGAACUUCAGGCCACACCCGUCGCCAUAG